CAGGGGGACAUGCAGGGCCCCGAGCGGGCCUGGCAGCGGGUGACCGGUGACCGGCGCCCGCCUCCCGCAGGCCGCCCGCCGUCGCCAUGCCGAGCCCCCGGAGCGGCCGCGAGCGGCGCGCCGGCAGCGGCGGCCGCCUGGAGUUCCUGUCGCUGAGCCAGCGCGGGCCCGCCGCCCCCGACAGCCCGUCCCGCCGCAGGGAGCCCGCCGGCGCCGCCGCCGCCCCGCUGCCCGAGGAGGACUGCAUGAAGCUGAACCCGUCCUUCGUGGGCAUCGCCCUCAGCUCCCUGCUCGCCAUCGACCUCUGGGCCUCCAAGCGCCUGGGGGUGUGCGCUGGGGAGGGCUCGGCCUGGGGCAGCGCCCGCCCCCUCAUGAAGGUCAUCGAGGUGUCGGGGCACGGCAUCCCCUGGGUGCUCGGCACCUUCUACGGGCUCUGGCACACUGACAGCUCCGCGGCCAGGGAGGUGCUGCUCAACCUGCUCUUCGCGUUGCUGCUGGACCUGGUGAUGGUGUCGGUGGUGAAGGGGCUCGUCAAGCGGCCGCGGCCCACGCACAACAAGAUGGACAUGUUCGUCACCAUCUCAGUGGACAAGUACUCCUUCCCCUCGGGCCACGCCACCAGGGCCGCUCUCGUGUGCCGCUUCGUGCUGCGCCACCUGGUCCUGGCCGUGCCGCUGCGCGUGCUCGUGGUGCUCUGGGCCCUCAUCGUCAGCAUCUCCCGCGUCAUGCUGGGCAGGCACAACAUGACGGACGUGCUCUUCGGGCUGCUGCUGGGCUACGCGCUCUACGGCGUGGUGGAGCACUGCUGGCUGUCCCCGGCCACCGCGCCCGCCCUCUUCGCGCUCUGGAGCCGCUGAGCGCCCGCGGCCUCGGCACACGGCAGGAGCCCUGUGCUGCCGUUCUGAGCACGCACGGGACGGGAUUCUGGUGCUGAAGGGGCAUCCUGAACCCCGUCAGUCCGGCCAAGACUUCCACACGAGCGGUGCUGCAGGCUCCAGGGCCUGCACUCAGAUGUCUGGUGCUGUCCUGCCCUCCCGUGGGCUGCCAGGCGGGGGCUGUGCUGAUUGUUCUCUGGUGACCAAAAGCAGUCUCUGCAGAGCCUGGGGAGGGCUCAGCACACCCAGCCGGCAGCUCGCUGCUCAUACUGUGAAUCUGCAUGCUCUCGCUGGGCACCUGCAAUGGCCCGUGGUGUACGUGGUAGCUGUGACUCUGCAGAGUUUCUCUGCAAUCACCCCUGUAUCUGUAUCCUAUAAAUACACUGAUCGUGCUGCUGUCACAAGCAUACCCUGCACAGCCUGCUCUACAACACUUGCCUGGAGGGGACCCACAGGGCUCUUUCCUCAGACUUAGACAGAGCUUUGCCUCCCUAAGCAAUCUCUUCCCUAUUGCUCUCCAUUUAAGUGCUGCACUAAUGCUGCGUGUCGAGCACAU